UUGUGUGCAAAUAUGCGCCAAACCCCUCGAGAUAUAAAGGCGUCAAUGUGUUCGUGCGCUCGUGAGGGUUUGCAUUGGGGGAGGGGACCCCUCCACAUCACUAAGUGUGUGUGGAUGGCGUGGGCUUCUCUCCUCCUAACCGCACAGCAUCAUCACUCAGCUCACAGCAAAGACUCGUAGGCAUCCUCCUCCUCCUCCUCAUCGUCAUCACCACCAUCUCCGGGCUGAAGAGGGAUCACAUCGCAGGAAUAAAGACAUAAGAGGAGCCUGUUGUCAGUCAAGUGACUGACAGCUUUUUAAGUCCGUGAGGUGUAUCCUGAACACACUGAAGCUUCAGGUGGCCUCUCCUCUAAAUCUUUGACCACUUUUGCAUCUUCUGAACCUCUUUAAAAUGGAGGACGGCUACCAAAACCGGACUGCCUUUAUAAAAGGCGCCAAAGACAUUGCCAAAGAAGUCAAGCGGCAAGCAUCUAAGAAGGUCGGCCGUUCAGUGGAUCGGGUGAGCGAUCAGUACAGCAAGCGCUCCUACAACCGGUUUGAAGAGGAUGAUGAUGAUGACUACCCCACUCAGGGAAGCCAGGAUGGAGGUUAUUACCGUGGAGACAGCCAGGCGGCCAAUGACGAUGAGGGCGGCCACAGUGACUCAACAGAGGGUCAUGAUGAGGAUGAUGAGAUCUACGAGGGUGAGUACCAAGGAAUUCCCCGGGCUGAAUCAGGCAAGGCCAGCCUGGCUGGAGGUCCGGGCUCAGUGACGGCCGGCGCUCAGCAAUUCACAGAUAUCGGAGUGUCCGAGGCAGAGAGGAGGAAAGACCAGGAAGAGCUGGCUCAACAGUACGAGACCAUUUUACAAGAAUGUGGUCACGGGAAGUUCCAGUGGAGCCUGUACUUUGUGCUGGGGCUGGCUCUCAUGGCAGACGGUGUGGAGAUCUUCGUGGUCGGGUUCGUCCUGCCCAGCGCUGAGAAGGAUAUGUGCCUGUCUGAACCUAACAAAAGCAUGCUAGGUCUGAUUGUAUAUUUUGGGAUGAUGGUUGGGGCUUUCCUCUGGGGGGCCCUGGCUGACCGGAUAGGCCGUCGCCAGUCUCUUCUCAUCUCUCUCUCCAUCAAUAGUGUCUUCUCCUUCUUCUCCUCCUUCGUCCAGGGCUACAGCACCUUUCUGUUUUGCCGACUCCUCUCAGGUGUUGGGAUUGGUGGCUCGAUUCCCAUCGUGUUUUCCUACUAUUCUGAAUUUCUGUCCCAAGAGAAGCGCGGUGAGCACCUCAGUUGGCUCUGCAUGUUCUGGAUGAUUGGGGGAAUAUACGCAUCCGCAAUGGCCUGGGCUAUAAUCCCACAUUAUGGAUGGAGUUUCCAGAUGGGCUCGGCAUAUCAGUUCCAUAGCUGGCGUGUGUUUGUGUUAGUGUGCGCAUUUCCUUCUGUGGCAGCCAUCGCUUCCCUCAGUGCCAUGCCAGAGAGCCCACGCUUCUACUUAGAGAAUGGCAAACAUGAUGAAGGCUGGAUGAUUCUGAAGCAAGUUCACGACACUAACAUGCGAGCAAAGGGACACCCAGAGAAGGUGUUUUCUGUCACCACAAUUAAGACAGUGAAACAAAUGGAUGAGUUGGUGGACACUGGCACCGAUACUCCAGUCCUGAAACGCUACAGGCUAAAGAUUAUGAGCCUCUCCCAACAGAUUCGGAAUAACAUUGUUGCCUGCUUCAACCCAGAAUACAAACGGACGACUUUCAUGCUCAUGGCUGUUUGGUUUACCAUGUCUUUCAGCUAUUACGGUCUGACAGUGUGGUUCCCAGACAUGAUCAAGUACAUCCAGAAGCAGGAAUAUGAAUCACGCACAAAGACCUUCAGUGGGGAACGAGUGGAGCAUAUCACUUUUAACUUCACCCUGGAAAACCAAAUUCAUCUUGAAGGACACUAUUUUAAUGACAAGUUCCUCAACUUGAAGAUGAAGUCAAUGGUGUUUGAAAACUCUGUGUUUGAGGAGUGCUACUUUGAGGACAUCACCUCCACACACACCAUAUUCAGAAACUGCACCUUUGUUGCAAGUUUGUUCUAUAACACAGAUUUGUUCAAAUACCGGAUGGUCAACUGUAAACUGGUCAACAGCACAUUCCUCCACAACAAGGAGGGCUGCAUGCUCGACUUCAGCGAUGAUUUCAACAAUGCCUACAUGAUAUACUUUGUCAACUUCCUUGGCACGUUGGCGGUGUUGCCUGGCAACAUUGUGUCAGCUCUAUUAAUGGACAAAAUUGGGCGUUUAAGGAUGCUGGCGGGAUCCAGUGUCAUAUCUUGUGUCAGCUGUUUCUUCCUGAUGUUCGGCAACAGUGAGUCGGGGAUGAUCGCCCUCUUGUGUCUGUUUGGGGGUAUCAGCAUUGCCUCAUGGAACGCCCUGGAUGUGAUAACAGUGGAGCUCUACCCCUCCGAUAAAAGGACCACAGCGUUUGGCUUCCUGAAUGCCCUCUGUAAGCUGGCGGCCGUCCUGGGCAUCAGCAUCUUCCAGUCAUUCGUCGGCAUUACCAAGGCUGUACCCAUCUUAUUUGCCGCUGGCGCACUCGCUGCAGGUAGUUUCCUUGCAACCAAGUUGCCUGAAACACGAGGCCUAGUUUUGCAGUAAAACAAAAUGACCAACAGUGGGCAGCAGAGCACAGCCAGCGUGUGUGUUCGACAACCAAUGAGCCCGAACAUCCCUGAGAACUUCAGUGCUGCCCGUCACACACACCAACUGAGCUGACUGCCAUCCCCAUUGUAAGCGCAGAAUCCUUUGAAAUAUGGAUUGCAUCAUUCAAAGUCUAUACAGCAAUUAAGAGAAGAGCACACAGAUGUAGAAAUAAUUACCUGUGUCAUGAUAACACAACUACAUCUGAAUGAUAACACUUUCAGCUGCACUGUUAGUUACAAAAAACAUCUCCAAAGUGUAACAUCCACAGCGUGAUGCAGUAAAAAAUUGUGGUGUGCAGUAAGGAUAACAAGAUCAUUCCUGGGAGUUUUCUCUCACUAGCCCACAGAUAAUAUCAAACACAUUUGAGAAGACAGAGAUGUCAAAUGAAGAGACAAGACAGAAAAAAAGCCAUUUAUGGGGGAACAUGAACAGAUUUAGUCUAUAUAAGCUAUCAGUUUUUGAAUAUGACUGCAGUGUUUUUCUUUCUCGUCUGUCCGCAACCUCAGCGACUGGCUUUCAGUGCUGCUUUCUUAUUUGCUGCUUGUACAGUUUAUUUCCAUCCAGGCUGAUGCUUGUGCUUUGACGAUGUUGUUCUUUGAAGAGAUCUCACAAUUUAAUGGUAAAUAUAUUUUCUCUAACAAACAAAUGCCCAUGACCUUCGACCACCGCCUAGCCAGUUUCUACCAAAAAAUAUGAUAACAUGCCAGUGACACUUGAUUAAUUCAGAAACAAAGAAAGUCAUUUUCCUUGUCACUUCAUAAAUUCAGUCUACUCCUCUAUUGGCAGCCUCAAAACACAGACAAGGAAAGAUGCAUUUCACAGGAUUCUCUGUUGUAAAUGGGAUAAGUUGGAUUCAGCUCCUCAGUGUUUAGUGUUAAACUAAUGUUUUCCCUCCCUGGUGUUGAACCAUACAGCUGUGGCGCUGUCAUGUUUGCAACACAGGGACGUCUGAGGGACGGAUUUUGGUCAAGUGCUAGAUGCAGAACAGAUACUAUAGUGUAUUAUUGCCUAAAUUGGUCUUGUGUGUAUGCAUGUGUGUGUCUUUGUUAUGUGAGACAAGAGAACGCGUCCAUUUAAUUCAAUUCAGUGCAGCCAUGUAGAACAUAACUUACUGAUCCAACAGCAGAAUGUACGGAACACCGGUCCCCACCUAAUUUAUAUCAAAUAGAACACAUUAUUUAUCUUCAAGUGCCACUCCAACAAAUUUUUCUACAUGCAGGAUAGUUUUCUGAUAUUUCAGAUAUAUGAUUUAAAAGAAAAUAAUCUCUAGCUCCAACUGAUAUGCAUAGCUGUGUUAAUUAGCCUUAAUGUGAACACAAGUUAUUUGGUUGAGUGUGAAGUUUGACAAAAGGUUUUCUGCAGAGCUUCCCACAGCAUCUGUUUCUUAGCAGAUUGCUUUGUGUUUGUAGGGAAAGAAAGCUCUGCAAAAAAAGCUACUAAAUUGACUUCAACAUUAUUAUUUUUUUUUCAUUGUCAUUUGUAUUUUUUGUAUUUUCCUGUUUGGCCUCAUACUAACAAUGCAGUAUUGUUUCUUAAAAUUGUGUUAAUGCCCCUUAAGAGUCAUGAAGUGACUUCAUUAUUCUCAUAAGCACAAAUCAAAUGGGACCAACAGAAGAAGAAUCAGUGAAAAACAGUCAUAUUGAUCCGGUAGUGCAGCACAAAGGGAAAACAGAGAUUACAAAUCCCUUCUCUAAUUUCAUGUUAAGGGCUUGUGUACCUUUUACUGCAUUCUUUUGUGACAGAAAUGAAGUUAUCCCUCACUGUGUUCCUGUAUGAGAUAAGUACACAAGAAAAAUGCCUUCAUAAUAUUGUGACUUGUGUGUGACCAAAUUGGACACAAUCGCUCUAAAGAAAAGCUGAGUACCAUUAUUUAUACAUAUCACUACUUCGGUAUAAUUUCUCAAAAGGUAUACAUAUAUAUGUUGCUGACAAUCAGUGGGUGAGUAUGUGGGUGCUGCUGUUGCACAGUAGAGUAUGUUGUUAGACCUAAAGACGUCAUCUGGAUUGUGUAUGAGUAUGUGUCUGUGUGUGUGUGAGAGAGAAAGACUUUAAAAGAAUAAUUCAACAUUUUGAUAAGUGUGCUUAUUCAUUUUAUUGCAGAGAGUCAGAUGACAAGAUUGAUACCACCAUGUCUCAGUUCAAAUGCAACACAAGCGGAAGAAAUAGUUUGGCACAUAUCCUUGUUAAAAAAACUUGUUUUUACAUUUUAGUUUUUAUGGAUUAAAUAAAAUGGACAUGUUAUGUUUGUUUUUUGUAAUUAGUGAGCUUUAGAGGUGUAAGUAAGUGGAUUUUGUUACCUUUGGAUUCAGCCAGGCGAGCUGUUUCCUUUGGUUUCCAGUGUUAAUGCUAAACUAAGAUUUAUAUGUAGAUACAGUCAUUAAAGCAGUAUCAAUUUAACUCCUAAAGAAAAAGAGCAUUUACCAAAAUGUAAAACUAUUCCUUUAAUGCUGUCCAAUCUGGCUUGCAUUCUAAGGGAUCAAAUCUCUCCUUCACUUUCUUGUGCGUAUCACACAUAAACGCCUUGUUCACGUUGGAGAGACUGUUUGGAUGUGCCGUUAUUGUACUGAUGUGUGUGUGUAUGUGUGUGUGUGCGUAAGCUGAGUCUAAAUUGUCUUUCACAUAUUUUUCUACUUUUUUGUGUUGCGGUGUUUUCAUCCCUGCGAUGAAAACACAGCUCAGUUGGGGACCACGGAAAUAUAUUUACACUAAGAGAAGAA